AUGGCGACGACCACGACCGGUACGGGGGGUGGUGUGGGAGGCGGAACAGGUGGCAGCAGCAGUGCGCUCGGUGCGAUGGCAGCCGCGGUCACGUCCGUGGCAACCGCCGCGAGUCCGUCGACGUCCGCAUCCUCGGCAAACCUGGCACCGCCACCACAACCCGUCACGCCGUGGCCGAACAGUCGUGAUGAUUACGAGCUGAACGACGUGAUCGGUGUCGGUGCGACGGCUGUCGUACACAAUGCCUACUGCCUGCCGCGCAAGGAAAAGUGCGCCAUCAAGCGCAUCAACCUGGAGAAGUGGAACACGUCGAUGGACGAGCUGCUGAAGGAGAUACAGGCGAUGAGCAGCUGCAAUCACGAGAACGUCGUCACGUAUCACACGAGCUUCGUGGUGAAGGAGGAGCUGUGGUUGAUCCUGCGGCUGCUCGAGGGCGGCAGCCUGCUCGACAUCAUCAAGCACCGGAUGCGGACGGUUAACUGCCGGCACGGCGUGUUCGACGAGUCGACGAUCGCGACCGUCCUGAAGGAGGUGCUGAAGGGGCUGGAAUAUUUCCACAGCAAUGGCCAAAUACAUCGGGACAUUAAGGCGGGCAAUAUACUGCUCGGUGACGACGGUACGGUACAGAUUGCCGAUUUCGGUGUGAGCGCGUGGCUCGCGACCGGUGGCGAUCUUUCGCGGCAAAAGGUACGCCACACGUUCGUCGGUACACCGUGCUGGAUGGCACCGGAGGUAAUGGAGCAGGACCACGGGUACGAUUUCAAGGCGGACAUCUGGUCGUUCGGCAUUACCGCUAUCGAGAUGGCAACCGGGACGGCACCGUAUCAUAAGUACCCGCCGAUGAAGGUGUUAAUGCUGACGUUACAGAACGAUCCACCGACGAUCGAUACCGGGGCGGACGAGAAGGAUCAGUACAAAGCGUACGGCAAGACGUUCCGCAAGCUGAUUGGCGAAUGCCUGCAGAAGGAACCGUCGAAGCGGCCCACCGCCAGCGAGCUGUUGAAGCAUCCGUUCUUCAAGAAGGCGAAAGAUCGAAAGUACCUGACGCAGACACUGCUGGCGACCGGUCCAUCGAUGGAGACGCGUGUACAUAAGGCGGCUAAAAGGCAGGCCGGCGCAUCCGGCCGGUUGCAUCGCUCGAUGACCGGGGAGUGGGUAUGGUCGUCGGAGGAGGAAGACAACGCCAAGAACGAAUCGGACGAUUCGGAAACGGAAGAACGGCCGAUGAACCGGCUGGAGCGGAUGGAUUCUUCAUCCUCCGAAACGGAGGACACGUCCGAACGGUCGGGCGUCACGGUGACCGGCUCGACGCAGUCUACCGAUCCGAAAACGAUCGAAGCAUCCGCCGCCCUUGGCGCCAUGUCGAUCGGUUCCGACACGAUGGUACCGGUGAAUCUGGUUCUGCGGAUGCGUAACGCAAACCGCGAGCUGAACGACAUCCAGUUCGAGUUCGUCGUCGGCAAGGACUCGGCCGAGGACAUUGCGGCCGAAUUGGUCGGUGCUGGACUACUCGACGAGCUGGAUGUGGCGAUCAUGUCGGCGAAUUUGCAGAAGCUGAUCGAUAACCGGGGUGCGCUGAAGACGGUCACCUUUCAGCUCAGGUCCGGUUGUGCGCCGGGCGAGCAGCUGGACGAGAAAUCACUCGUUGGCUAUGCACAGAUUUCGAUCAAAUGA